UAUUUGUACAACAGAACUUUGCGUACAGUCCUGUGUCUGACUAUACUAGCUACCGUUUCAGGAAGGUCCAGAAUGGAAAACUCUCUAAGACAACGAAGAGGUCUUCCAAGGUAACUUGACCCCAAUGUUCCAUACCAGUGGAUGACAGAUCUGUGUGAGGGAGGGAUGGAGGGCCUGUGGAGUAUAGCGGUUGUGUUGCUGCCGGUGUGGUUCUCCGUGAUGAUUGGGUUCAUCAUGAUACCUGCCAUGUUUGGCCUCUCACUGGGAGUCACUUCUGUCUACAUUCAGAUCCUGGUCAAAAUACUGGAGUGGGCCACCCUGCGGAUCGAGAGAGGACACAGGGAACAACCCACUCUGUCAGUGCCUGCUCCUCUACCCUUUGGACUCAUCCAGAGGGAGGGGGGCUCCAUGGAACAGGAGAUGGGGGAGCUGCGUCGGUAUCGUACCCAGUCCAUAUCGAGGGGAGAGUUUGCACUGAGCGACUCAUUCUACUUCUACAUAAAGGGCCUGGAGAGCAUCGUGGACGACCAGGUGACUCAGCGCUUCUCCUCUGAGGAGCUUGUCUCUUGGAACCUCCUGACCCGCACCAACCACAACUUCCACUACAUCAGCCUGCGACUCACCAUCAUCUGGGGGCUGGGCGUGAUCAUACGUUACUGUGUCCUUUUCCCUCUCAGGAUAACCCUGGCAAUCAUUGGGUUGACCUGGCUGGUGAUUGGGACAACUUUGGUGGGAUUUCUAUCUAACAAGAGAUUGAAGAACUGGCUAAGUGAAUUAGUCCAUCUGAUGUGCUACAGGAUCUGUGCCAGAGGCCUCUCUGCCACCAUUCAAUACCACAACAAAGAGAAUAAACCACAAAAAGGAGGAAUAUGCGUAGCAAACCACACCUCGCCUAUUGACAUUGUCAUUUUGGCCAAUGAUGGAUGCUACGCUAUGGUGGGUCAAAGUCACGGUGGGCUGAUGGGGGUCAUCCAGAGGUCAAUGGUGAAGUCCUGCCCCCACGUCUGGUUCGAGAGGUCGGAGAUGAGAGACCGAAAUGCUGUUACCAGUAGAUUGAGGGCUCAUGUUGCAGCUAAAACCAAUCUACCCAUCUUGAUCUUCCCUGAGGGAACCUGCAUCAACAACACAUCAGUCAUGAUGUUCAAGAAGGGAAGCUUUGAGAUUGGAGGGACUAUAUACCCAGUCGCAAUCAAGUAUGACCCUCGUUUUGGAGAUGCCUUCUGGAACAGUGCCAAGUACAACAUGGUGAACUACCUGCUGAGAAUGAUGACCAGCUGGGCCAUCGUGGUCAACGUGUGGUACCUGCCCCCCAUGACCAGACGGGAAGGGGAAGAUGCUGCCCAGUUUGCCAACAGAGUGAAGUCUGCUAUCGCACAUCAGGGAGGGCUAUUGGACAUGGCGUGGGAUGGGAGUUUGAAGAGAGCCAAGGUGAAAGAGGAAUUUAAAGAGCAGCAACAGAAGAUGUACAGCAGUAUGGUUAUGGGGAAGAAAGGUAGAAACUCCCAAGAGCCUCACACAGAGAGCACCAGGAGACAAUGAAUUAACACUGUGGACAAAGUAUUUUACACACUACAAUGCAUAUGGACUGGAUUUAUUGCAAAUCAAAGGCAUUUGUUUUAUAUUCAUCAUAGUUGUGUGGUGAAUAGAGUAUAGAUUGAUAUCUGAAUCUGAUACACAACAUGUAUCAACUUUUAAUGCAUGAAAUGCCUUAUUUUAAAGACUGCGCAAUUACCUAUUGUUUAGAGCCAUAAACAUUUCAAACUUCACUGCAAGUAGUACUAUGGUAUAAAAUGAUCUCUAAUGUUACAGUAAUACUAUGUUGUCUGAUUGCCAUCUAACUAAACUCACCAUAAUCGAAGAAUGUGUUUACAUUGACCCAGAGUUUGUACUAGUAUUAAUAUUACUUUGUACAGUUUGUGCCUCUUAUGUUACAUUAUGCUCCCUACAAUACAACCCCUAACCCCAUAUAAACAAUAUAUACAUUCAUGUUUUGGAGGUGCUUUGAUCAAAGUCUGAUUUAUUUAUUUUAAGACUGGGUUUAUUGUUGCUUUACUUAAAAUCUUAAAUGUUAUUGAAAUCUACAUUUUGGCCCAGUCCUGAAAACCACUUCCCCUGGCCUAACCCUUAAGCAUUUUUGUAUAUCUGAAAAGAUUAGAUGUAUAGGUAUAAUGGAACGCCUAUAGAGGCUAAUUAGAGGUUGUGUCUGUCUGGAGCUAGUUGUACAAUUCAGCUUGUAAUGUCGUAUAUAAAACACUAGGAGUCAGAUUUUUCAAACAAAUAACAAUCACAUCACCAACUCUUACUCUGUCCGUGAUCGGAAGGAUCCACUCACACAAAAAGAUCUCACUACCUUGACUAAAUAUCAACAGCUCAUUUACAAUCCAAAGUUUUAAUCUAAAAAAAAGAAAUGCUGCUGCUAUUAUGUUGAAUAGUAUGGGGUGUGGGAAUCAUGUUAGAUCAAGGCUGAUUAAAACUGUAUUUGGUG